AUGCGCGUUGAGUCCACCAGAUCUCUCGGUCCCAGCUUAUUGAAGUUGCACAACCCCAAAGUAUUUUUGCCCGGAGAAAGUCAUACACCGGGCGGUUCAUCCGGUAUGUCUGGAAAAUCAAAUAAAAUCUGUGUUGUCCAUGCUCCACUCAAGUCUUUCCCUUACUCAAAUCGAGGUUCAUCAUAUACCGGGACUGGUUCCGAUGAUAAAUUAGCCACCUCUAACUGUGAAUCAUCUGUUGUCACUAAUGUUAACGGAUAUUGGAAACAAGACAGUUUUCUCACAUCAGCUGUUGAAGAUAAGAAACCGUUGCUCAUGUCGCACUCUAUGCACUGGGACUCCAGUAAUGAGGAACCCAUCAAGAAGCCACAGCCGUUCCUCACUGUUCAAUCGUAUUCGAGUUCUGAGGAGGAGAUUGAAAAUCGAAAACCAGUCCACUGCGAGCGUACCACAAUCCUCAAUUGCAAAGGAGUUGAUAGGAAUAGUGCUCGUAUUAAAAAAGGCCACGUUCUCCCAACAAAAGUCCAAAAUUCUCUCAUGGCUUUCAUUAAACGGCGUGCUGAGCGCUCCAAGUUAUAUAAGCUACAGCGAGGAAAAUCCAAUGGCAAACAGACAGGUUACUCAACCGACAUCCGCAAGCCCUGGGCUGUUGGUGAACUACUGUGGGCACGUCCACGGCGUCCGGAUCCCUUGCCAUGGUGGCCAGCAAUAGUCGUUCAACGACCCAAUAAGCCGCUGUAUUCUGUGGAACGUACGUGA